GUCAGUGCGAGCUGACAACAGGAGGAGAAGGCAGGGCAGGGACGCGGCUGCCCAGGGACCCCAGGGAUCCAGAGGAGACAGCAGCGUUCCUCAACGCAGCGACGGGAGGAGAAGGCGGACAGGAGCAGGGCUCACGCAGGGCUGGACAGGGAGUAGUGCCCUCGUGGCUCUGGGCCUGUGUGCCAUCUCCCCACACCCUUCUUUCUCCACCAGAGAGAGGACAAGCGCCUGAAGGAGACUGUGGCCUUCCUGCACAGGGCCUCACUGCUGACCAGAACCAUGUGUGAGAGGAAGCAGGAGGGCCCUGAUGCCAGGGAGCCAGCAUGCAUGCUGUGUCACCGCACUGAGGCUGACCCGGACACCUGCGGUGACAAACUGGAGAAGUUUGGGCUUUGUGCCCACGUGUUCUGCCUGUAUUUUACCACUUUGAUUCCUCGGCAAGAAAAUGAACGCGUUGGACUCAUGGGCUUUCUCCCACGAGAUAUCCACCUUGCAGUCAGGCGGGCGGCACAGAAGCACUGCUGUGUCUGCGGCCAGAGCGGGGCCACCAUCCUGUGCUGCGAGGAAAACUGCGGCAGAUGGUUCCACCUGCCCUGUGCCAAGGAGGGCGGCUGUGUCACGCAGUAUCUUCCAAAUUACAGCUCCUACUGCUCUGAGCACUUUCCAAAGCUGGAUGUGCAGGUGACUCCAGAGCCAGGCACCGAAUGCCCCAUCUGCCUGGAGCCUGUGGAGGACGGAAUGUCCUACAGAACCAUGGUGUGCCCAGCGUGCAAAAGGGCCUGGUUCCACAGGGACUGCAUCCAGGGACAGGCCAUGCGCACUGGCUAUUUAUGCCUCCACUGCCCCUUCUGCAGAAACGUUAGAGAAUUUCUAACCCAAAUGUUCAUCAUGGGGAUCCGAAUCCCCUUCAGACUCCCAACAUGGGAGGAAGAUGACACCUUUGCAGAUUUAGAGGAAAGGCACAGCCAGUGCAAUGCCAGGAAAUGCCUUUACCCAGGAGGCAGGGAACAGGCAGAGGAACAUGGGCCCUGGGAACUGCUCCUAUGCUCCUCCUGUGCUGCUGAGGGCACCCACAGGCGCUGCUCUGGCCUGAGAAACUGCAUAGAAAGCUGGGAGUGUGACACCUGUGCUGGUCUUGGCACAGCCUCCAGGGAUGGGCCGGAGCUCCAUGGCCCCAGCCUGACCAGCCAGUCGGGACUGGAGCCUCCUCAUGGCUCCCCAGAAUCAGAGGCCAUCAGCCCCAGCUCCCACAGCCUGCUGCCAUCGGGUCUGGCUCCCCAGUCUCCAGAGACCAGCAGGCGCAGCAGCCACCGACAUGCAGCAGUGCAGACGUCACUGCCACCUUCCUCGCUGGACACCAGCAGCUCAAGCACAUCAGGGUCAACAUACAGCAGCUCCACAGACCCUGAGAACAGGGUCCAUUGCAGAUGUGCAGGGCCUGAGCGCAGGCGAAACGGCUCUCGCCAGCAAGGUCGGACCCCAAAUCGACCCAUCCAGUCAAGGAGUCACCGUGACAGGAGCAGGAGGGCAAAACCAAGGGCUGAGAGGCGCAGGCAAAGGGAGACGCCAUCACGGGAAUUCCCCAGACGCAGCUGCUCCCGCCUGCAGCGUCGGGCCACGAGUCCAGCUGAUCAGACAAGGAAUCUUCGUGACAGGAGCCACAGGAGAACUUCAGGGACUGAGGGGCCCAGGCGAAGGGAGACAUGGUCAGAGACAUUCCCCAGACGCAGCCGCUCCCGCCUGCAGCGUCAGGCCCAGAGUCCAGCUGUCCGGUCAAGGAGUCACCGUGACAGGAGCCACAGGACAACUUCAAGAGCCGAAAGGCCCAGACGAACAGAGACACCAUCAGGGCCGUCCCCCAGACGCAGCCGCUCCCGCCUGCAGCGUCAGGCCCAGAGUCCCGCUGUUCAGACAAGGAGUCGGCGUGGCAGGGACACCAGGACAGCAUCACGGGCUGACAGGCCCAGACGAACAGAGACACCAUCAGGGCCGUCCCCCAGACGCAGCCGCUCCCGCCUGCAGCGUCGGGCCUCGAAUCGACCUGUCCGGUGCAGGAGUUGCCAGGACAGGAGCAGCAGCACAGCAGCAAGGGCUGACAGACCCAGGCGCAGGGGGACACCGUCAGGGACCUCGCGCAGGAGCAGCCGCGCCCGCCAGCGACAUCGGCCCUCAACUUGGACCUGAAACAGCAGCACUUAGUGCCAUCUUUCCUUUCUAGUCUGUCUGGUUGCUGUUGUUAGUGAAGGAAAGAAGUCUGUGCUAAGUACCUCAACUUCUAUGUUACCAUGUAUGAAGUGAAAAUUCCCUUAAGGAUGUGGCUAAUUUAAAAAGGACAUUGUUUCCUGCCUUGAGACUCCAACCUCAGAUGUUUCCCCACUUCUUACCCUUCAAUAUGAAUCACUCCUUCAUGGACUUGGAUGUGUUUAGGGAGACAUGAAGAGCAAGGAUGCUCUUAGGGAAACUUUCUUUGGAAAGGAUGUGUGCUGUGUUGAUAUCCUUGAACAAUCUCAUUGCAGUAAAGCCAAAAGAAGACGGAAGAGAAUGAGAGACUGCCUCAAGUGUCUGAAGAAAUCAAUGAUGAUUUUGUGUUGAUUUAAAAGACUUGCUUCGACCUUCAAGAAACAAACAAUGAAAAGACUGUGGAAAUACCCUGGGACAAAGAGUGUGCACAGGACUCUGCCCCAGAUGACUGUUCACGACCUUUGCCUGAGAACAACAUAGCUCAGGAGUCAAAUGCUUCCAUGUUUUCCUUCUUUGGAGAAACAGAGGAGUUGGGUGUCAAAGAAGAGUCUUCUGUACUUGGAACAAUAAAUCUGGGAAAAGUCACAUGGCAAGAGGAUUCACAUUUCCAAGACAGCAGUUCUGAGGGUGAUGAUGAGCCUGAGACGUCAGAAAUUGAAAAGGACCAAGAAAUCCCUACAGCUUUAACUCGAGUUCAUGGAAUUUGACAGUACCUUUUAGGAUGCUAAAAUCCCUUUGGACUUGUCUAGAUUUCUUUCGCUGCCACACACAGAAAAUCCGAGAUUUUUCUUCUUCUCCAAAGAUGAUGAGCGCCUAAGAGAGGGCCCAAAGUUAUUUUGUAGGUCAAUAGAGCUCAGUGAAGAAAAAGAGGGUUGGGAAGAGAGACGUGCAUUAUUGCUUGAGGUGAGUAUGUGAGGUCAGUUCCCUGGUAACUGUGGCUGAAAGCUGAGUAUGGAGAGGGAACAUGGCUAUGAAUGUGCAUGAGAACAAAUUCAGGUCUGUGAGACAAGCCUGAAAUUUUGUAAUUGCCUGGGCACAAAAGUUCUUUAGUAUACUGGUGUGUAUAACAUCAUGGUGUGAUGUCCAGGCAGGCAAACCACUAAAAUCUCUGUAUGUUA